AUGGGUGAACCCAACGGACCCGACCUCGUGGUCGAAGCCAACGGUGCUGGUCUCAGUAUAGCCCUGAUCUCCGAAAGGCGAUCGAAUUACAUCCAACUCGGGUAUUCCGAAGAGGACUGUGCUGCUCUCACGCACGACGGCGAAACCCAGGCGGUCUCGUCGGCGCUCAAGAAACUGGGCCACCAUGUUAUCUUGGUCCCGGGGGUUGAGUCCCUGGUCCAACAGCUGGCGGCCGGUGAGCACAAGGGCUGGGACCUGGCCUUCAAUAUGGCGCAGGGAUUUUAUGGGACUGCGAGAGAAUCGCAGGUCCCCGCCCUCCUGGAGGCGUAUCAGGUUCCAUAUACCUUUGCUGAUGCUGCGACCAUGGCUUUGUGCCAGAACAAGGCAAACACUAAGAUUGUCUUGGACCACCACAAGAUCCCAACGUCGCCCUUCUUGGUCAUCCCGGCCAAGGAAGUGCCCGACAGCCAGCCUAAAUUCACGAGCCAGGGCCCACAGUACCCGCUCUUUGUGAAACCCGUCACCGAAGGCUCGUCCAAGGGCAUCGACACCUUCAAUAAAGUGAACGAGCCCGCCGAGUUGGAGCCGGCCAUUCGCCAACUCAAGGCUAAGUUCCCGGGUGAAGACAUUCUGGUGGAAUCCUUCUUGCCGGGCCGAGAACUCACCGUGAGCGUUCUGGGUGCUGGCGCAGACAGUCGUGUGAUUGGCGUCCGAGAAUUCAUCUGGCAGAAGCGUGGUAGCGAAAGUAGUGACUCCAGCAACGGAGUCAGCGACCAUGCCAACCCGGAGUUUGCGAGCAGAAAGAGCAAGUCCAGCAAGGACAAGCUGCUCGUCUACAGAGACCACGACCUGACCCUGACCGACUCUCAGAUCCAAGCUGCGUGUCGCGUCGCCUUGGAUGCGUGGAAGGUCUUUGGAUGUCGCGAUGCGGGACGCAUCGACAUUCGGUUUGACUCGGACGAGCCGAACGCCAUCCCGAAUGUCUUGGAGGUGAACCCUAUCUCCGGUCUCCUUCCGGGCCAUUCCCCCCUCCCGGGAAGCUCCGAGAGCAACGGGAUCUCAUUCGAGAUGCUGUUGAAUGCCAUCAUCGAAAGCGCGCUCCGCCGCACUACUUUGAAGCAGCCCAAUGGCAUCUCUUGA